AUGGAGGAUGUUGUCGAUAGGGAUAAAGACAUUGCGAUCGCGGUGGUGGGGGAGCAUGGGCAUGCUGUCGACCCCGCGGUGGAAAGGAGAGUCGUGAGGAAGAUUGAUAUGUUCUUGAUUCCCGCGAUGAUUGUUGGGUAUGGGUUGGUGUAUUAUGAUAAAGCAAUCCUAGGUUCCGCAGUCCUCUUCGGAAUGACCACCGACCUCCAGCUCUCCCAAGUCGAUAACUCCACCCACCCUCCCACGACAAACACAUCUCGCCUCAGCUGGGCAACCUCAAUGUUCUACUUCGGCAUGCUCGCCGGCCUCUACCCCAUGACCUUCGCCCUCCAACGCUUCAACAUGGGCCGCAUCCUCGGCGUCGUCGUCUGCCUCUGGUCCCUGAUCUGCAUGCUCACAGCAGCAGUGACAAGUUGGCGGGGCCUCUACGCCCAACGAUUCUUCCUCGGCUUUGUCGAGAGCAUCAUACCCACCGGCUUCAUGUGCAUCGUCAGCUCGUUCUAUACGCAACGGGAACAGGCGUUGCGGCAGAGCUGGUGGUUCUCGUCGACGGGACUGUUUACCAUUAUUGGCGGGGCGCUGAAUUAUGGGUUUGGGCAAAUUAAGGGAGGGAGUCUCAAGAGAUGGCAGUAUAUAUAUUUGCUUGCUGGGUCCAUCACGUUUUUCUUUGGACUGGCUUGCUUUUUCGUCCCUAACUCUCCGGUCUCGGCUUGGUUCUUGAAGAAAGAUGAGCGGGUUGUAGCUACGGAGCGUCUCAGAUAUGGGCAGACUGGUGUGCGAUGUACGAAGUUCAAGUGGUGCCAAGUCAAAGAAUCGUUCUUGGACGUCAAAGUCUGGCUAGUGGCCUUGAUGAUGGCUUCAGCUUAUACCAUCAAUGGUGCUAUCAGUGGUUUUGGUCCCCUGAUUGUUAGUACGUUUGGCUGGUCAACUCUGGAUUCGAUCUUGUUUCAAUUUCCACUUGGGGGGAUAUGCUUUAUCAUGAUCCUUCUUACUGGCUAUCUAUCUUCACGUAUAUCGAACAUCAGGAUCAUCUUGCUUGUCUUGUGCUGUCUUCCAGUCAUUGCUGGCUGUACUUUAAUCUGGAAAAGCACUUGGUCGCACCGAGCUGCGGCCCCGGUCGUUGGGUACUCGAUUACUGGAUUUUUCGGCGCAGUGGUAUCUCUUAUCAUCUCGAUUGGGAUGUCGAAUGUCGCAGGGCAGACAAAGAAGUGUUUCAUGGCUGCGACGAUCUUCGUGGCGUAUUGUGUGGGAAAUAUCGUUGGUCCGCAGUUGAUCAAGUCACAAACCAAGUCCAGACAUUAUCCCGAGCUUUGGCUUGGUUUGAUCAUUUGCUAUUGCAUCACCAUUGUCUCUUCACUUGCACUGUAUUUUGUGCUGGCGAGGGAGAACAAGUUGCGUGCUGCGUUCGAGCAAAAUGAUGUAGACAGGGACAAGAUGGCUUUCCUAGAUCUGACGGACAAGGAGAAUCCGUACUUCAUGUACAUGCUAUGA